CGCCCCACUGCCUUUUCGCACUUGAGCGGCUUCUGGACGUCGCCCUCUUCCUUUGAACAUCCACCUCAUCCGACAAAAUGGCGCCCGCAGCAACCGGAGGCAAGAAGCAAAAGAAGAAGUGGUCCAAGGGCAAGGUCAAGGACAAGGCCCAGCACGCCGUCGUUCUCGACAAGGCCACCAACGACAAGCUCCAGAAGGAUGUCCAGUCCUACCGUCUGAUCACUGUCGCCACCCUUGUCGAUCGUCUCAAGAUCAACGGCAGCCUUGCCCGCCAGGCUCUGAACGACCUUGAGGCUAACGGCCAGAUCAAGAAGGUCGUCGGUCACUCCAGCCUGAGCAUCUACACCCGUGCCGUCACCGCCGAGUAA